GCCAUGAGAAGGCAACCGUGAGAACGAAGACCGACCAGCAAUUUCCAACACCGUUUCGGUUUCUCCAUCGCAGCUAAGCAGAGAUCUCCGUUUGUCUUUCACUGCAAUCUCCGUUUUUCAUUGCUAAGUUGAAUCGAUUCGUUAUAUAAAGGAGUCACAGAAGUCUCAUUUGUAGCUCUAGGUAAGGAAUCAGGAAUGCAUUGUAAGGUAUACCAGACUCGUAGUUGCAAUGCUAAAGAUAAUGUAAAAUACAUGACAUGGACGGGUGAGAUGGAUCACUGUCUUACAGAGAUACUUGUUGAGCAAGUGAAAAAGGGAAACAAGAUAGAUAGCACUUUCAAGCCUGCAGCAUACAGAGCAGCACUUACAGCAUUAAAUGAAAAUUUUGGGCUUGUUUUGACAAAGGAACAUAUUAGAAAUCGGCUAAAAACGUGGAAGAAGCAGUUUGGGAUUUUAAAGGAGCUUCUUGCUCAUAAAGGAUUUAAGUGGGAUGAGACACGAAAGAUGGUUAUUGCAGAUAAUUCUGCAUGGAAUGACUACAUCAAGGCACACCCUGACGCCAGGCUGUUCCGGUCAAAGUUUAUUGAAAAUUAUGAUGAGUUGUGCAUUAUCUUGGGCAACGAUCAAUCAGUAACAAGCUGUUCUGAUAAUGAUGCUGAAAUUGAUGUAGACUUGACAGUCAGCAAGGAGGGUGUGGAUGCAGGCAUUGUGUCUGAGAUUCAGAGUGACGACAGGCAUACAAAAAACUUAAGGUGGACAGAAGAAAUGGAUCGUUGCCUCGGUAAGAUUCUUGUGGAGCAAGUGAGAAAUGGGUAUAAAAUAGACAAUAAUCUACAGCGUGAGGCAUAUGACAGGGCUGUUUUGGCUUUAAAUGAAAAAUUUGGGCCUAAUUUGUCAAAAGAACACAUUAGGAAUCGCCUUAGAACUUGGAAGAAACAGUAUGGGAUCUUAAAGGAACUCCUUUCUAAUCCUGGUUUCAAAUGGGAUGAAACGCGGAAGAUGAUCGUUGCAAAUGAUUCAGUGUGGGAUGACUAUGUCAAGAUUCAUCCUGAUGCCAGGAGUUUCCGCAAUAAAUUUCUUCAGAACUACGAUCAGUUGUGCAUUAUCUUUGGCAAUCAUAAUGAGGCUGCAGAGGCUAUUAAUGCUUCUCCUAUUCAAUGUGGUGGGAAGGCAAAAGAUCAAGGGAAGAGCAUGAGGUGGACAAAUGAAAUGGAUCGCUGCCUUGGCAAAGUUCUUGUGGAGCAAAUAAUACUUGGAAACAAAAAUAAAUUAGAUAACAAAUUCAAACUUGCUGCAUACGAAGCCGCAGUUUUGGCUAUAAACAAAAGAUUUCAUCUUGAUUUGACGACGGACCACGUCAGGAACCGUCUCAAAACAUGGAAGAAACAGUAUGAUAUUCUACAAGAAGUCUUGGAUCAGAGCGACUUUGAAUGGGACGAAAGACGGAAGAUGGUAAUUGCAGAUGACUAUGCAUGGAAUGAAUAUAUCAAGAUAAACCCUGAUGCUAGGAUUCUUCAAGGACGAGUCAUCAACAACUACGAGGAGUUAUGUGUUAUCAUUGGUUGCAUUGAUCCACCCGAAAGCUCCCUAAAUAUAGGUGAUGAUAAUUUGGAUUUGAUUGCUCAGAAUGAAGCUGUAAUUGCUGAGGAAACAUACUACAAUCAAAGUGAUAAUGCAAACGACAGAGGGAAGUACAUAUCUUGGACAGAUGAGAUGGAUCGAUGCUUAUCACAGUUGCUGGUCGAGCAAGUGAUGCUGGGAAAUAAGCUUGAGAAAAUUUUAAGCCUGUAGCUUACACAGCUGCUCUUACAGUUUUAAAUGACAAGUUUGGGUUGGACUUGACAAAGGAAAACAUAACAAACCGGUUGAAAACAUGGAAGAAACAGUACGGACUUGUGAUGGAACUCCUCUCUCAUAGUGGGUUUGAGUGGGAUGAGAGAUAUAAGAUGGUUAUCGCGAAUGACUCUGAUUGGAAUGAAUAUAUCAAGAGACAUCCAGAUGCAAGGCAAUUGCAAGCCAGGUCUAUUGAGAAUUGGGAUGAGUUACGGAUGAUCAUUGGCAAUGAGCAGCCAGGUGGAUAUUGGUCUGAAGUUGGUGCCAAACUUGACAGCAAUCCUACUCUCAACGAGGAAGAGGAUGUUGAAACCCCCGUAGAGAUGUUUGCUAAUGAAGAAAUGUGGCAUGAUAAUGCUAGUGAUGGCAUGCAAGGAUCAUCACAGCAGACGAGGGCUAGGCCUUCUUCAUCGUCACAUUCCAAACAACCAUUGAAGAGGAGACGUUCAAGUGAUAUCUUGUUAGAAAUGGUGAGUGCCAUGGCUGCAGAUAUUGGUAGGAUAGCGGAU